GCUUAGAGGGGGUAGGAGCAAUGACUGCCCUGACGCCAAUACCUACACCCCCUCCAGUCUGAUAUAAACGGAUCAGCAUCACAGGACAGCCUUUUCUGCACCGAACGUGGACAUCAGUCGUUGACACAGUUCCUGUUCUAGAAAUUCCGUGAGAGUAUCAUCUCCUAAUCAGCAAUGGGAAAGGAAAAACUGCACAUCAACAUCGUGGUGAUCGGCCACGUCGACUCCGGGAAGUCCACCACUACCGGACACCUCAUCUACAAGUGCGGGGGCAUCGACAAGAGGACCAUCGAGAAGUUUGAGAAGGAGGCAGCAGAGAUGGGCAAGGGCUCCUUCAAGUACGCCUGGGUGCUGGACAAGCUGAAGGCCGAGAGGGAGCGCGGCAUCACCAUCGACAUCUCCCUGUGGAAGUUCGAGACCAGCAAGUACUACGUCACCAUCAUCGACGCGCCCGGGCACAGGGACUUCAUCAAGAACAUGAUCACCGGCACUUCCCAGGCGGACUGCGCGGUGCUGAUCGUGGCGGCCGGGGUGGGCGAGUUCGAGGCCGGGAUCUCGAAGAACGGGCAGACGCGCGAGCACGCCCUGCUGGCCUACACGCUGGGGGUGAAGCAGCUCAUCGUGGGCGUCAACAAGAUGGACUCCACCGAGCCCAACUACAGCCAGAAGCGCUACGAGGAGAUCGUCAAGGAAGUCAGCACCUACAUCAAGAAGAUCGGCUACAACCCCGACACGGUGGCCUUCGUGCCCAUCUCCGGCUGGAACGGGGACAACAUGCUGGAGUCCAGCCCAAAUAUGACCUGGUUUAAGGGGUGGAAGAUCACGCGGAAGGACGGGAACGCCUCCGGGACCACGCUCCUGGAGGCCCUGGACGCCAUCCAGCCCCCGAGCCGCCCCACGGACAAACCCCUGCGCCUGCCCCUGCAGGACGUCUACAAAAUCGGAGGAAUCGGCACGGUGCCCGUGGGCCGCGUGGAGACGGGCCUGCUGAAGCCCGGCAUGGUGGUGACCUUCGCCCCCGUGAACGUGACGACGGAGGUGAAGUCGGUGGAGAUGCACCACGAGGCCCUGACGGAGGCGCUGCCCGGCGACAACGUGGGCUUCAACGUCAAGAACGUCUCCGUCAAGGACAUCCGCCGCGGCAACGUGGCGGGCGACAGCAAGAAUGACCCGCCACAGGAGGCCGCCAACUUCACCGCGCAGGUGAUCAUCCUGAACCACCCGGGGCAGAUCAGCGCCGGCUACGCCCCGGUGCUGGACUGCCACACCGCCCACAUCGCCUGCAAGUUCGCCGAGCUCAAGGAGAAGAUUGACCGCCGUUCGGGCAAGAAGCUGGAGGACAACCCCAAGUCGCUGAAGUCCGGCGACGCCGCCAUCGUGGACAUGGUCCCCGGGAAGCCCAUGUGUGUGGAGAGCUUCUCCGAGUACCCUCCGCUAGGGCGCUUUGCGGUGCGCGACAUGCGGCAGACAGUGGCGGUUGGAGUGAUCAAGGGCGUGGAGAAGAAAGCCGCCACCACCGGCAAGGUCACCAAAUCCGCCCAGAAGGCACAGAAGACCAAAUGAACGUUGUGCUGGGCUGCCAACUCCCGAGUCACCAAUGGCAGAACAGCAAACUCCCAACGUUUCUCUCCGAUUGGCCGGUUAAGCUCCAUAGUCAAGGACUGGUUAAUUACUACAAUGCAUCGCAAAAGUAUCAGGAGGAAAAAAAAAAAAGUAGUAAUAUCCAUAAUAAUGCAGAAGUUUUUUUUUUUGUUUGUUUGUUCUCUAAAUGCAUAUUGGUAGUCUUAAUGUGCACUUUUGCUUGGGUUCAGCCAUUUUGACAGUACGCACCAUUUUUGAGUCAUCAAGGCCAUUGAGUGUAAGCAAACGGGUCAGUGUUGUCUCUUGUCUACACUCCAUCCUGCUUUUACAUUUUAACACACCCGGUGCUCAGUCGCUGCUGCUUGAGUGUUACGCAGACAACAACAGUAAAGCAAUGCUGCAUUUGUGUUUUAGUUUAAAGGAUUUUUCCCUAAUCUGUGUUAUGGGUGCAUGCAUAAACUGUGUCUUCUGCACUGUAUUGCUUAAGUCUUUACCUGGCACUUUAAUUGGCAAUUGCGUCCACCUGCGCUUGAACUCUUCAGCUUUAACGUUGGCUCCUGUACCUUACUGUUAUCUGUUAAAACUGGUAAAAGCUUUUCUAUUUAACAUUAAAGAUGUUCCAACAGUCA